AACGGACCUGAUUAAAACCUUCCGGCCGCGUUUCAGAAGCCUAGGGGUCGUGGCUGCCGGGGCGGGUUCUCGGUUUUCCUUUGAAGGUGGAGUAACUAAGAAUGAGCGGAACCCUGGGGAAGGUGCUGGGCCUGUGGAAAGAUGCUGUUUCUAAGCAAGCCUUUUCUCUCCUGAGAUUCAGAAUUUUAAGAGAGAAUCCCAUUUGUUCUGCAGGUGGUGUUGUAAUGAGGUCCAGUCGGCACUACAGGACAAAGCCUACUCAUGGCAUUGGCAGAUACAGACACUUGGUGAAAGUGCUAGAGCCUAAAAAGAAGAAAGCAAAAGUGGACGUGAGAGCCAUUAAUCUGGGGACAGAUUAUGAAUAUGGUGUUUUAAAUAUUCACUUGACUGCUUAUGACAUGACUCUGGCAGAAAGCUAUGCCCAGUAUGUUCACCGUCUCUGCAACCGGCUCUCCAUCAAAGUUGAGGAAAGUUACGCGAUGCCCACCAAAACCAUGGAGGUGAUGAGGCUACCAGACCAAGGCAACAAAAUGGUCCUAGACUCAGUCCUUACCACCCAUGAGCGAGUGGUUCAGAUCAGCAGUCUGAGUGCUACGUUUGCAGAGAUUUUCUUGGAAAUACUCCAAAGCAAUCUUCCAGAAGGAGUCAAGUUGUCAGUGAGGGAGCACACCGAAGAAGACUUCAAGGGAAGGUUCAAAGCUCGGCCAGAACUGGAGGAAUUGUUGGCCAAGUUGAACUAAACACUGCAAGCCCUCUCAUGUCAUCAUCGGCCUCAGAGAAAUCUUCCUGCAUGAAGACAUAAGCCAAGAGAAUGAGUGCUCAUACUGGGAACGCCUCCUGUGUCUGUGGCAUGCGGUGCUUGCCAGUUACCAUUUACCUAAUAAAAUUUGCUAUUACCUC